AUGGGCGUGUGGUGCAAGGUAGAUUCGGACACACGCUACGCCGUUGCAAUUUAUCGUUACCACGAAGAUAAAGAAGAAAGAUUAAGCCUAACUCUUGGUGAUACUGUAUGCAUUGAAGAAGAAACAGAUGGCUGGUAUAGAGGCUACAAAUCAAAAAACAAGCAAGAAAGAGGAAUUUUUCCAAAAAUCUAUGUUCAUCUUAAGGAAGCAACAGUUACCAGUUCAGGGUCAAUAGAAAUUAUCCAUCCUACUGAUCCAGCCAUUGCAAUUGAGAUUACGAGCGUGCUGCGAGAAUGGAGUAUUUUACUUUACUAUUUGUUUGAGACAAAUAAUCCCCUGUUUCAUGAAAUCUCCAAAUCAAUGUAUGAUUUGAUGGAAUGGCGCAGCAAGAUCUUAUCAAAGAAACUUACUGUGGAUGAACUGCGAGAAUUGAAGCAGAAAGCUACAAACAAGAUUGAUUCAGGCAAUGUUCGUUUGCAGCUAGAUCUUGUUGUGCGGGAUGAAGAAGGCAAUAUCUUAAACCCUGAAAAAACAAGUACAACAGAACUCUAUCGGCAGCAUGUUAUUGCAACUAAAAGGAUUCAGUCUGAAUAUAGCCGGAAUUCAACAGAAGUUGAAACGAAACCAUCUAAAAGCCCAACAUUUGGGCUUUAUGUUUUAUUACAUAAUUUUGUGUGCCGUAUUGGAGAAGAUGCAGAUAUAUUAAUGAAUCUUUAUGAUGAAAAAGCAGGCAGCUUUAUAAGUGAAAAUUAUGUUGUGAAAUGGGGGAAAGAAGGUAUGCCAAAAGAUAUUGAUAUGUUGAAUAACUGCCGUGUUGUGUUCACAGAUCUUGGUUCCAAAGAUCGGGAACGAGAAAGAGUAUAUUUACUAUUCCAGAUUGUCAGAAUUGGUACGAUGGACCCUCGAGAUGUAGACAAUAAAAAGCAAACUCAAGGGUUACGGCGACCGUUUGGCAUUGCUGCUUUAGAUAUCACUGAUGUGAUUCAAGAGACCCGGGAAACUAAUGAAGAUACACAAAUUUUCAUUCCUUUUCAUCCAUGUGGUGAACGUGAAUUCCUUGAGACCAUGAUUAAGAAAACAGACAAAGAAUUCAAUCAUAAAGGUCAAGGUUUCUUUGUGUCUAUUAAGAUCUUGCAAGGAGAUCUACAACAGAUCUGGGAUGAUUAUCCUCACCUAGUUUUACCUGGAACAGCAGUCUCCCGUAAAAUGGGAUUUCCUGAAGUGAUAAUGCCAGGUGAUGUACGCAAUGAUAUUUAUAUAACAUUGAUGCAAGGUGAAUUCAACAAAGGUUCAAAAACAUCUGAAAAGAAUGUUGAAGUUAAUAUUCAAGUAUGCAAUCAAAAUGGAGACACAUUGCAGAAUGUCAUCAGUGAAGGUGCUGGUGGAGAGAUGAUGAGUGAAUACAAAUCAUGUAUUUACUACCAUGAAGAUAGACCAAAGUGGUUUGAGACAGUUAAGGUGGCAAUUUCUACUGAAGAAGAAUUCAGAGGCCUUCAUUUAAAAUUUUUAUUUAAACAUCGAUCAUCAAAUGAAGGAAAGGAUAAGCUUGAGAAGGUGUUUGCAAUGGCUUUUAUUAAAUUGAUGAAUGAUGAUGGAACGACGUUAAAAGACACUACCCAUGAACUUUUGAUUUAUAAGCUUGAAUCCAAAAAGAGUGAUGGCUUUCGUGGUUAUUAUCUUGAUUUUUAUUCUACCAGAGCUGAAUUGGAAAAUGCAAACCCUACUCAGUCCAACAGAACUGGCCUUCAGAAGGGUUUGAUCCUCAGCCCUAAAGACUCAGUACUUAUAAAGACUUAUGUCUGCUCCACCAAACUUACUCAUAAUGUAAAUUUACUUGGUUUGCUCAAAUGGCAAGAAAUUCUUGAUGACACAAAUGCUUUAAAAUGGCAUCUUGAAGAACUGAUGCAUGUGGAUGGAGAAGAAAUUGUCAAGUUUUUACAAGAUCUGCUGGAUUCAUUGUUUAACAUUUUAAUGCAAAAUAUCAAUUCAGAUAAUCAUGAAAAUUUAGUGUUCACUGCUUUGAUCCACAUUAUUAGUUUGAUCUCAGACCGCAAGUACCAUCAGUUCCGACCAGUCCUUGAUGCAUAUAUUUCAAAUACAUUUAGUUUUGCUAUGGCUUACAGUAAAUUGAUUGCCAUUCUCAAAGAAUAUAUUGAUUGUGCUAAUGAAUCUCAGGAUACUCUUCUGAUUGCGAUGAAAUCCUUGGAAUAUAUUUUCAAAUUCAUCAUUCGCUCAAGAGUUCUCUUUUCCAUUUUAUUUAAUUUUCCGCACCCGUUUUGUUUAGUCCCCCACCCUCCCCUGUUACGUUUAAUUUUUCCUUGUUUUUUAAAAAAUUUUUUUCCAGUUUUUUUUUUUUUUUUCAAUUUUUUCCCUUUUUUUGGCAUUUUUCCCAUUUUGCCUUUUUUGCAUUUUUUUCUCUUUUCUUUUCUUGCAUUUUUUCCUCUUUUUUUCUUUUCUUGCAUUUUUUCCUCUUUUUUUCUUUUCUUGCAUUUUUUCCUCUUUUUUCUUUUCUUGCAUUUUUUCCCCUUUUUUUUUUUUUUUGCACUUUUCCAUUUUUCAUUUUUCCUUGCAUUUUUCCCCUUUUUUCUUUUUUUUUUUUUUUUGUCUUUUUUCUUUUUUCUUCUUUUUUUUUCCCUUUUUUUUUUUUUUUCAUUUUUCCUUUUUUUUUUUUUUUUUUUUUUUUUUUGCAUUUUUUCCUUUUUUCUUUUUUUGCAUUUUUCCUUUUUUUCUUUUUGCAUUUUUUUUUUUUUUUUUUUUUUUUUUUUUCCCUUUUUUUUUUUUUUUUGCUUUUUUUUUUUUCUUUUUUUGCAUUUUUUCCUUUUUCUUUUUUGCAUUUUUUUUUUUUUUUUUUUUUUUUUUUUUUGCAUUUUUUCUUUUUUUUCUUUUUUCCCUUUUUCUUUUUUGCACCUUUUCCCUUUUUUUCUUUUUUGCACCUUUUCCCUUUUUUUCUUUUUUGCACCUUUUCCCUUUUUUUCUUUUUUGCACCUUUUCCCUUUUUUUCUUUUUUUUUUCUUUUUUUUUUUUUUUUUCCCUUUUUUUCUUUUUUUUUUUUCUUUUUCCUUUUUUUUUUUUUUUUUUUUUUUUUUUUUUUUUUUUUUUUUUUUUUUUUUUUUUUUCCUUUUUUCUUUUUUCUUUUUUUUUUUUUUUUUUUUUUUUUUUCUUUUUUUUUUUUUUUUUUUUUUUUUUUUUUUUUUUUUUUUUUUUUCCCUUUUUUUUUUUUUUUUUUUUUUUUUUUUUUUUUUUUUUUUUCUUUUUUUUUUCCCUUUUUUUGCUUUUUCCCUUUUCUUUUUUCUUUUUUUGCAUUUUUUUCUUUUUUUUUUUCCUUGUUUUGUUCUUUUCCACAUUUUUUCUUUUUUGCAUUUUUUAUUUCCCUUAUAA